AUGCGAAAGAAGGCCGAGAAUCGCGGCAUGGACCUCCUCCUUAUUGAUACAGGAGAUAGGAUAGAAGGGAAUGGACUAUAUGAUGCUUCUGACCCUAAAGGACGCUACACUGCAGAUAUAUUCAAAUCACAGCACAUCGACGCACUUUGUUCUGGAAACCAUGAGCUAUAUAAGCGAGCUUCUUCAGAGAAUGAAUACUUAAUUACCGUUCCGAACUUCAAUGGUGAUUAUAUAUCCUCAAACAUCGAGAUAAUAGAUCCAAAAACGGGUAACCUUGUACCAUUGGCUCCGAAAUUCAAAAAAUUCUCUACGAAGGUACGCGGCAUUCGAAUAAUGGCGUUUGGUUUUCUGUUCGACUUCAAAGAAAACUACAACAAUACUGUUGUACAGCCUGUGGAGGAAACAAUUAAAGAGGAUUGGUUCCAACACGCCAUCCAGGAUAAAGAGGUGGACCUCUUCCUAGUGGUCGGACAUGUUCCUGUGCAGUCCAAGGAGUACGACGCUGUUUUCAAAGCAAUUCGGGGCGCCAAUUGGGAUGUACCCAUUCAGUUUUUUGGUGGCCAUCAUCACAUUCGAGAUUACGUUAAGUACGAUUCCAGCUCAUACGGUUUAGCGAGCGGUCGAUUUAUGGAAACCGUAGGUUUCAUGUCUAUCAGUGGUCUCUCAUUUGGAGGAAAUAAAUCUACCGUGCCUUUAACAUUUAACCGCAGAUAUAUUGACAACAACCUCUGGUCGUAUCGUCACCAUACAGGCCUAAAUGAAACAACCUUCCCUACAACGGAAGGAAAAGCUGCCUCCAACAUGAUCUUCAACGCUCGUCGGGCUUUAAAUCUUGACAGGCUUUAUGGCUGUAGCCCCAGGGAUCUAUGGAUGUCUAGAGCCAAAUAUCCUUCAGAAAGUAGCAUUUACUCGUGGUUGGAAGAAGAAGUACUUCCAGAGGCUCUUGCUGGCGAGAAGCCAAGUCUGGCCCUAGUGAAUACUGGAGCUAUACGAUUCGAUUUAUUCAAGGGCCAAGUUACGGAGGAUUCAUCGUACAUAUUAUCCCCAUUUACGGGUGGAUUUCGCUACACCAAAAAUAUUCCUUACGAGAAAGCUACUAAAAUUUUAGAGGUAUUGAAUAAGGCACCUCGCAUCCUCACCCAAAUGGCACACAGCAACACAUCUUUUUCGACAUUUUUAGUCCCACCUGAGCAAUUAUCUUUAGACAGCAAUUGGGAUAAAACUCUAAAAUCGGACCAAGUCAGGUUUGAUAAUUCAAAUUAUAUGCCUCCCGCCACAAACCUGAUACCUGGCUAUACGACGAAGGAUGCUGCUGGGACUGAUGGAGACGAUACCAUACAUUCUCCCAUCUCCUUUCACCGCUUACCAAAUUGUAUCCAAGCCUUUAUUCCUUCUUCCAAAUCAAAACACAGGUCCAUAAAACCAGAAAAUGUUGACCUCAUAUACCUAGAGUUCAUCGAGCCCUUUAUUGAUAUAGCUGCAAAGUUUGUUGGGUUGGACUUCGACAUCAAAAAAGAUACGCAUGAAUACAUGCCUGGUUCAAGCUUACGAUCAAUACUGAUAUCCUGGGUGGAAAAGAAUUGGAAAUGUGAAAACUGA